AUGUUGAUUCACGAGAUUAACGCAUUAGAAGCUAUAAAAAAUAAAGUCAGAGAAACUAACAGGAAAGCAAACGAGAUUGAUGAAUUGUUUGAGAAAAUAUUGAAAUUCCUUCUUGAGCAAAACUCGAAUCUUAUUUCACGAUGGAAAUCCCUCAAAAACGAGUGGAAGGAAUUAAUUCGUUCAAGUCGACAAGACGCAAAAUCUUUAAGCGACUUCAUCUUAUACUUCAAAAAUGAACUCCUUCCGCAAUUAAAUUCCGCCUAUUCGCAUGAACAAAAACAAGAAUACAUUACAGAAGUAUUGAUUCAUCGAAUAUCUCGUGAAAGAGAAGAAUCAAAGCAACAUCUUGAGAAAUUUAAUAAAUUGCGCGAAGAUAUUAUAGCUUUUUCGAUCAGGUUUAAAAGAAUUCAAGAUAUCGAAAAGUUAACUUCAGAUUUGGCUACUCUGAAUGCAGAAUGCUCCUCUAUCAAUAUUACGAUUGGAUGUUUAGUUGCUGCGUUUGUGAUUGGGGGUUUAGUUAUCUUCGGUGGACCUUGGGCAAAGUCAAUUUUAAAUUAUAAGUAUGCUAAGUUAGCAGCACUAAUUUCCAGCUUUAUCGGAUCAUCCUUCGUAAUAUACAAAUUUGUUCAAAAAGGAGGUAAAAAGAAGGAAAUAGAGGAAAUAAAUAAGGUGCUCAAUGCAGAGUCCAACAUUAAUAAGAUAACCGAAGAUAUGAAGUCUCUAGGUGGUUUAUGGGAAUACUUCGAGAUGCUUUUUACCAAUUACGCAAAAUCUUUGGGUCAAACAACAAUAGACCUCAGUAAUGCUGGUAAUAAUGGAUUUUCUCUAGAUAGGAUAAAUUCCAAUAUUAAUCAUUCAACGAUGGAAUUGGUUAAAUUAGCCUCUUACCUCGAUCUUUAUGCAGCUAACAUUACUUUUUAG